CUUGUCACCACUAGUCUUGUCACUCACUCAGCAUUACCGCCUGUCCAUUAACCCACUUCCCCCUCUCUCUCCCCAGUCCCCACUCCUUUCCCUUCAACCCUCACCGCCCUCAGCCUCUACCCGCCGCCGUCUUCACCUCCGGCAACAGUGAGAAACUAAAAACAAGGGCAAAAAGCCAUGAGAACCAGCAACCAUUUGAUAGGUCUGAUGAACUUCUUGACCUUCCUGGCGUCAAUCCCGAUACUGGGCGGCGGGAUAUGGCUGAGCAGCAGAGCAAACAGUACGGACUGCAUAAAGUUUCUGCAGUGGCCCAUCAUAGUCAUAGGGGUGGCCAUCAUGGUGGUUUCCCUCGCCGGCUUCGCCGGCGCCUGCUACAGAAACACCUUCCUCAUGUACCUUUAUCUCUGGGCUAUGUUCUUCAUCAUAGCCGCCCUUAUUGGCUUCGUCAUCUUCGCCUAUGCCGUCACGGAUAAGGGGUCGGGUCGACCCGUCAUGAACCGGGCUUACAUGGAGUAUUAUCUCCAGGAUUACUCCGGGUGGCUGGAGGAGAGGGUCACCACUCAGAGCUACUGGUCAAAGAUCGGUUCUUGCGUCAGGGACUCCCAUGUCUGUGGGAAGACGAGAAGGUUCGUUAAUGGCGCCCCUGAAACCGCAGAUAUGUUUUACCGCAGACACCUUAGUCCUAUUGAGUCGGGAUGUUGCAAACCCCCCACGGCAUGUAACUAUGUUUACAUGAACGAGACGUUAUGGAGCACAGACGGGGGAUUACCGGCAGCUGACCAGGACUGUGUUCGAUGGAGCAACGAUCAACAGCUACUCUGUUACAACUGCAACUCUUGCAAAGCGGGUGUACUGGGCAGCCUGAAAAAGAGCUGGAGGAAGGUGUCUGUGAUCAACAUUGUCGUCCUAAUCUUCCUGGUAAUAAUGUAUGUCGUGGCCUGUGCAGCGUUUAGGCACAACAAGCGCAUGGACAACGACGAGUCUUAUGGCGAAACCAGGAUGGAGAAGGAACACCCUAGCAGGAUACAGUUUUAAGAGUUUGCUCAAAAUGUGUGGGAUUAUUAUUAUGUAUUUGCUUAUUCAACUCUUUUUAGAUGAAAGCUAUGUCUAUAUGCCUUAUCCUUCUUCU